CUGGCACGGCACUUGGUUUGGGCUUAGGUGAGCAACCUGAUCUAGUGUGUGGUAUCCCUACCCAUGGCAGGGGUUUGAACUUAAUUGUCCCUUCCCACUCAAGCAUUGCAGGAGAGAGAAGGCUUUCCCCCAUUUCAGGGGACAAAUCUCCCCGCUGGGUUUCAGUCUGCUGCGGUGCUGCUGCUUGGGGACUCAGCCGUGCCCAGCGGCUUUCCAUGGGGCUGUGCAGGCGGAGCUGAGGGUGAUCUCCGAGCAUGUGCUGCCUUUUCCAAAGUCUCAGCUGCCUCCCUCUCUUCUCCCCUAUCCCUUCGCUCUGCAGCAAAGCCACCAGCUUGGGCCGCACGUCCCCGUGCCAGGGGUGCCAGAGCCACGCCGUGAAACACGGCAAGGAAUUCCACCCGCCGCGACACGCGGGCCCGCUUCCCGCUCCGCUGAGUGCGGCACGGAGCCGCCUCUCACGCCUCACUGUCCCAUCGCUCCCGCCCCCUGCUCCCCCGGCAGCCCGGCCUCCAGCCCCGGCGCUGCCUGCCAGGUUUCCCUGGCAAUGGGCCGUGCCGUACGGCGCAGCGGGCUGCCUUCCCCCCGCGGCCUCCCCGGGCCGGCCGCCCUCCCGACAGCCUCCGGAUUCCCUGCCGCCAUCCUCCAGCCCGCUGCCGCCGGCCUGCGCCUCCUCCCGCCGCCGCGCUCGCUGAGCAGCCCAUGGCCGGACCCUGCUCGGCGCGGCUGCAGGGCGACGCGGCCGCCUUCAGCGCUGCCCUGCGCACCCUGGUCAACAACCCCCAGUUCAGGCAGUUCGGGGAGCCCCGGGCAGCUGGCGGGGCCGGCGUGGCUUGUGCAGCGCUCCCCACACACCGCAUGAAAACAGGAGCCUGGGGCUGCCCACGUGUAGCCCACCCUGGACAGCCGUCAUCUCUCAGGAGGAGGGAGAGUUCCUGGGUGUGCCCAGACCCUCUCUGUCCCCAGGCAUUGUGCCAACAGGCGAUGUGAUGUUUGUGGUAGGCCAGGAGCAGCAGAAGGUGUUUGCACAUCGCUGUGUGCUGGCGUGCCGCUGUCAGGCGUUCCGUGGGAUGCUCAGCCAGGCACCAGUGGGCAGCCAGGACUCCUCCAGCAGCGUCCCACCCCAGGGGCCCUUCAUCCUGGGCAACGUGCAGCCUGAGGUCUUCUUGGCCGUCAUUGAGUUCCUCUACACCAACAGCGUCACCCUGAACAGCCACAUAGCACUGGAGGUGCUGACCUCAUCGGUGGAGUACGGCUUGCAGGACCUAUGCAAGCUCUGUGUCAAGUUCAUCAAGGACACGCUGAGUGUGGAGCAAGUCUGCGAGGCUCUGCAGGCUGCAGUGACCUAUGGGCAGGUGGACCUCCAGCAGCACUGCCUGGCCUUCAUCGAGGGCUGCACCGCGGCAGUGGUGCGGACACAGGGCUUCCGUGAGCUCUCUGAUGUGGUGCUGGCACGGGUGCUGCGCAGUGACCGCCUGGCCGUGGAUGAGCUGGACCUGGUGCAGGCUGUGCGGGAGUGGGCACACGUCAGCUCGGCUGUCCUGGAGCGCCCAGUGCCAGAGGUGGCUGCGCUGCCCGUGAGGGAGCUGCGUCUGCCCUUGCUGGCACCCAGCGAACUGGUGACGCUGGAGAGCUACAACCAGCAGGACCUCCUCAUCCCGGUGGAGAACAUCGCGGCAGCUUGGCGUGCCCACGCACUGAGGAAGGGCAGUGGGGUGCCCUCCCGCCUCUGCCGUCCCCGCCGGGGCACGCGGCCCCGCGACCAUCACCGUCACCUCGAGCCACAUGCCAAGUAGGGGUUGGGCAGUGAGUUUUGUCCAGCCCAGCCAGGGAUUCUGCAGUGGGGCAGGGCGUGGGGCUUGGCACUGAUGCUGCUGUGGCCAAGGGCAUUGAUAAGGCAAAGCAUCGCUUCAUCCCAUGUCACAGCGUCGGGGCCAGAGCAGGAUGCCUGGGUCAGCCCCAGAAGCGAUGCAGGGGCUGGGGGUAGGGUAGAGCUGGGCUAUGCGAUGUGUGCAAGGACACUGCAGGUUGCCCAGGCAGUGACCCAAGGGUGGUGGGGCUGCAGAGAUCCCUGCGGGAUAGGGACCCAAGAUGAGCUCUCCCUUCCCCGGGGCCGUGCUGCCCUCCCCCGGCAGCAGGGCCGUGCUGCAGCGGGAGAGCGCCAGCACCUGCCCAGGCAGGGGCACGGAACCCUCCACGGCAGCGGCACGGGGACUCCGGGGCUUGGAGCGGGUGCAGGUAGGAGGGGACACAUGGGCAUCUUUGCACGCACCGCUGCACCGACAGGCUCCCACCCCCCAACCCCCGCCAAGCCCUGCCAGCAGGCCACACACACGCAGGACAGGCUGCCAGCCCCCCGUGUGCCACACACACUGUGUGCAGCCCUCCUCGCACCCCCCCCCGCGUGUGUGCACACAGCUGGGUCUGUCUCAAGCACACAUCCCCCCCUUCCAGCUGUGUUCCCCAGGAGAAAGGGCCGGACACAGCAGGUAAUUUAUAUAUAAUAUAUAUAUUUACUCUUUAAAAAUAAACCUUCGGUCCCCACUACCGCCUGUACAAACUACAAAAAUAAACCUUUGCUCUCUUUGAUAUAAAUAA